UGAACUUUGUUUUCGAGCUUAAGACUUACCGAGUGAAUAUUAACAUUAUUUUUUUCUAUUUUACCAGUACAAAAAGGGAAAGAAAUUCGUGUUGUGUACAAAUGACAAAAAAAUGACAUAUUUAAAUGUUUCAAGAGAGGGAAUAUGAUUAAGUGUUCUCUUAGAUACAUACAAGAAUAACGCAUUGGAAUGGAAGCUUCUAGCGUAACAAUGGAGCCCGUACCGGGGAGCACCGAGACCAUACCUGAAGACCUGUGGGAAUACUUCCGUUUACAAGUACAGUGUCGCACCGAUUCUAGUCUCAACGUUACCAGGAGACCAAAUGAAACUUACUGUGAGCCUCAUCACGACUCUUUCCAUUGUUGGUACGCGACAAAAAGUAACACAACAGUUACCGCCCCUUGUCCAGCUGCUAUUGGUGCACCAGAUCAUGUCGUGGCAUACCGACAUUGUGGGUCAGAUGGAUACUGGAAAAAUAUAACGGAUUACCAGCAAUGUAUAGACUUUCUAGACAAAAUGCUUCCACCACAGGAUGUGACUAGCUUAACUCCAUCUGUAGCGGAACAUUCCCGAGCUGUUCUGAUAAUGAGGGAUAUUUAUUUCGGAUGUAGUUUAGUGUCCUUGUUCUUCCUGUGUAUCACACUCUUCGUGUUCUGCUACUUCCGGUCACUUCAGUGCAGCCGAGUAUCUAUACAUAAACAUCUAGUCGUCUCCUUUAUCCUUCGCUUUAUCGUCAUCGUUAUCUUGUUUGAACCUUUAGUGUUUGGUCAUGAUGUUUAUUAUACCAGAGUGGACUGGGUUUGUAAGACUAUAAUAGUGCUGGGACAGUACACAAUGGUCAGUAACAUCUUCUGGAUGUUCGUGGAAGGCUUAUUUCUACACAAUAGUAUUGUUGUUACUGUCUUCUCUACGGAUGCUCCAUUUAAAAUAUUUUGUGCCAUAGGAUGGGGUCUUCCCGGUAUAAUAGCUAUAUCCUGGGCAAUUGCCAUGCAUUUUACAGUCUUCACGCCAUGUUGGCAGAACAACUCGGACUCUCCAUAUUCUUACAUCGUGUCAGGAUCCAUAUUGCUAGCUUUAAUCGUUAAUUUGUUCUUUUUAAUCAACAUCAUAAGAGUGCUGGUGACGAAGUUAAGGGCACAUAAUACUCAUGAAUCAUCAAGAAUUAAGAAGGCUAUUAGAGCAACCGUGAUUCUCAUGCCGUUGCUUGGAUUGACCAAUCUUAUAAUGUUAUUUAAUCCGAACGAUGGCGGAUCUUACGCCUCCGUGUAUCAAGUCACCAAUGUUGUACUCCAUUCCAACCAGGGAAUCUUAAUUUCAAUUUUUUACUGUUUCUUAAAUGGCGAGGUACGCCGAGUCAUAAAACAGAAAUACAGAAGAAUGAAAAUUCAACGUAUACUAAAGAACAGUAGCCGCCGGUACUCCAGAACAUCAUCUUGUAUUCUUUCUCAAACAGAGACUAGGGGAGACCAAUCAUCUUCGUCAGAUAGUAACAUUUGUAUGGGAAAUCUUAAUAAUAAUUCCUAUCAAAAGGUGACGCUGAUCACGGAAGUGCGAGAAAAACCGAGAUCGGAAAAUAACCUUACUAGAACGAGUGACGUCAUAAAGCAAACUGCUUCCGCUUCUGAUCCAUCAAACUUAAAAGUUACUCACUCCGUCAAAUUUAGGUUAAGUUCCAGCGAGAAUGAUUUACAAAAGUGUAAAAUGCCUUUUUGUGAAAUAUCAGCUGAUGAUGUGUUCGAUUUGCCAUUGAUAGAGGUUUCCGGUCCCGAUUCCGGAAGCAAUGGCGUAAAUGCCGGGAUCGGCAUUCUACGCAAAACUGAUGCCAAUGGAAAUGCAGAUAAUAACCAAAUUAUGACCGGGAUGAGUUUUACAAAUAAAAACAAUGUAAAAGGAAGUUCAAAUAGUCAAAGUAUGACCACGAUCGGUAUUCUUAGCAAAGUAGAUGUUGUAGGCAGUAACAAUAGUACCCUUGUUAAGGGUAAAUGCAGCAAUAAUAGUAGUGAAUCGCAUUAUCACUUGAAGGAAGUGGACAGCAAUUCUAUCAGCUCUGAGAUAGAGUCAGAUUCGGACUCUGACAGCACGUGUUUGAGGAAAUCAGACUGUGGGAGGACAUUAGUGAAUGAAAACUCCUAUUCAAAACCAAGUGAAACUGACGUUGGCAAAUUGCAAGAAAGCCGAUGGUCUCUUCUAAGCAGUAGUGAUUUCAAAUUAAAUAUUGUUGGUGGUUUUGCUGAAGAAGUCAAGGAGGAGUUUCUCAGAUUAAUCCAGGAAAAAGAUCUUAGAUUAAUGCAGGAAAAAGAAUCUUAA